GAAAAUAUAUUCCAUGAGCCUGCCUAUGACUCGCCUCUUGCGAUAGAAAACCGACAAGGUGGAAAAAUAUGGAAAGUUGUCAGCUAUCGUCCGGCUCGAUGACUGUUUGGUGAUGAUGCCCUUGGCAUUCAGGCAUGUGUCCGGCUGCCCUUGUGAAACACAUCAACAGAAAUGAGUAAAGACUAUGCACGGAUCGAAAUGGACCUGGCUUUUGGAUCAGCCAAGCCCUACGGGUCCUCAAGAAGCAUUGUGAGGAGAAUAGCUGCCAGUCUUCCUCUUAAACCCUGCCCCAGGGUUCAUUUUCAGCUUUAUCCGUACGCUGAGGACGCUGGUGUCCUGAUUGGCCCCAGGAGGCAGAAUUGUCAGGUGGCCUCUCUGGCUGAUGUCGCCUGGAUUGACAGGGAUGAGGAGGAGGAGGAUGAAGAAGACUACUUUGGCAGACCCAGGUCAAGGAUGCCACCGGGACUCGUGUUUCGAGCCCGACAGCCUCAUGGUCAGAGAAAACCCUUAACCCGCCGGAGGUCACUUCCCAGUCUGCACCAGGGGACUCCGGACCCUCAGGGGCCAACAGUCGUUAACGAUGAGGCCAUUCAGAAAAUCAGCGCACUGGAGACAGAACUUGCAAAACUCAGAGCUCAGAUAGCACAAAUCGUACUGGCCCAGGAAAAGAGCACACAGCCAGCUGCUACCACAGGGACACCUCCUCCACCUUGUGGCACCUUGCCUCCCCCUCCCCCGCCUCCUCCUCCUCCUCCACCACCACCGCCCCCAAGUCUCCAGCGGACAUUUUCGGCCAUUGAUUUGAUAAAAGAGCGCAGAGGGAAGAAGACGGGCGGUCAGACACUUGUGGACUCAAAGCCAGCAGAAAUCCCCAACAUGCUCGAUGUCCUGAAGGACAUGAACAAAGUCAAGCUGCGAUCAGUCAAAAGUCGUCCAGUGGAAGGUGACGCCAAAGGAAAGUCCAGCGAGCCUGCAGACGCCGCAGCUCUCAUUGCCGAGGCCCUGAAACGCAAAUUUGCCCACCGUUAUCGACACGACAGUGGACAGGAAGACAAGGAAGAUUUCAAACUUCCCGUUCCUGACGUGAAACCUCGAACCGAAAGCCCUUUGUUUGGACAGCACAUGUUGAAACCAACUGGGAAAAAGAAGUUGCUCUGAGUGGGUGAUCGUGAACUCGAGGGCCCAGAUUUAUUGUGGACAUUUUAAAGUGCCUUAUCAACAUUUUUAAUAUCUGCUGUUUCUGUGGAAGGACAAGGGAUUCUGUCUGAACUAGAUGACAGGCUGCUCCAAGUAUCAUCUCAUAGUGAUCAUCCUGACCAUCUGCUUUUUGCACUUUUAUAACUUAUAUUAGCUUUCUGUUUUACAAUCGUGAUAUAUGUUUGUUUUUUUUUUUGUUUAAGUGAACGUCUUUUGUUUUUCUGUUUAAGAGUUCAAAUUCAUCACAGUCCUGAGUCUAAGUGUCAGAGACACACAAGUUCAUGUUAAAGCAACACUACAGAAUCUUAUAAUGUUAUUAGAUGUAUUGUUCAGUCUUUGUUAGGUUUGUGUUAAACUUGUUGCACAGAGAGUAGCUGGUCAGUUUUUCAUUCCCAUUUCUAAGGGGUCUGUGAAACCACAGAAGUAAGGGAGCACUUUCUUCCUUGUGGGAUAUUGCGAUGUAUUGUUUAUAUAUGUAUACAGACUCAUAGACUAAUUUAUGAUUGGGAUCUGUGUAUUUAUGUUGUGGUUUAAGUAGAUAAUUUUGUUUUUAAUACACUUAAUUAUGCCCUAGAUUCAUCGUUAUUAUUUUCUUUAUGCAUUGAGCCUGUGUAAGUUGUGUCCUAGCUGCCAGUCUUGCCACGGCUUCCAUGUCUUUUGCCGGUUCGAAUAUAUGCAU